AUGGCUCCCGAGCGUGCCGGCACGAUGAUCGCCAAGGCCGCCACCGCGGCGGUGAAGCCCGCGACGAGGGCGUACGUGACGUUCCUGGCGGGCGACGGGGACUACUGGAAGGGCGUGGUGGGCCUGGCCAAGGGCCUCCGCAAGGUCCGCUCGGCCUACCCGCUGGUGGUGGCCGUGCUGCCCGACGUGCCGGAGUCCCACCGCCGCAUCCUCGUCUCGCAGGGCUGCAUCGUCCGCGAGAUCGAACCCGUGUACCCGCCUGAGAACCAGACGCAGUUCGCCAUGGCGUACUAUGUCAUCAACUAUUCCAAGCUCCGCAUCUGGGAGUUCGUGGAGUACGAGAGGAUGGUGUACCUGGACGCGGACAUCCAGGUGUUCGAGAACAUCGACGAGCUGUUCGAGCUCGAGAAGGGGCACUUCUACGCGGUGAUGGACUGCUUCUGCGAGAAGACGUGGAGCCACACGCCGCAGUACAAGAUCGGCUACUGCCAGCAGUGCCCGGACGAGGUGGCGUGGCCAACCGCCGAGCUGGGCCCUCCGCCGGCGCUCUACUUCAACGCCGGCAUGUUCGUGCACGAGCCCAGCAUGGCCACCGCCAAGGCACUCAUCGACACCCUCCGCGUGACUCUGCCCACCCCCUUCGCAGAGCAGGACUUUCUUAACAUGUUCUUCAGGGACCAGUACAGGCCGAUCCCGAACGUGUACAACCUCGUGCUCGCCAUGCUCUGGAGGCACCCCGAGAACGUGCAGCUGGAGAAGGUGAAGGCCGUGCACUACUGCGCGGCGGGGUCGAAGCCGUGGAGGUUCACGGGGAAGGAGGCCAACAUGGACAGGGAGGACAUCAAGAUGCUGGUGAAGAAGUGGUGGGACAUCUACAACGACGAGUCGCUGGACUUCAAGGGCCUGCCCCUCUCCCCCGCCGACGCCGACGACGAGGUGGAGGCGGUGGCCAAGAAGCCGCUCCGCGCAGCGCUGGCGGCGGCCGGCACGGUCAAGUACGUCACGGCGCCCUCGGCCGCGUGA